AUGUGGUUACAAACAAAUGGCGUGGGACGGUUUGAGACUGUUGCACUUACUGAAGAGUGCAGUUCUAGAGUGAGGAGUAAAAUUCUUCCAAAGUUGAAAGAUCCGGGCAGCUUCACAAUUUCGAUUACGAUUGGCAACAUUGAAGUUGGGCUAGCAUUGUGUGAUUUGGGUGCUAGUAUUAAUUUGAUGCCCACCUCUGUGUUUCGAACGUGUGGCUUGGGUGAGCCUAGGCCAACCACUAAUACAUUGCAGUUGGCUGAUCGAUCUCUUGCUUAUCCUGAUGAUAUUAUUGAGGAUAUUCUUGUGAAGGUAGGCCCAUUUAUUCUGCCGGUUGAUUUUUUGAUACUUGAUUAUGAGGCAGAUAAGAGUGUUCCUCUCAUCAUGGGGAGAGGAUUCUUGGCCACUGUUGAUUCCGUGAUCCGAGUGAAAGAUGGGAAGUUGUCCAUGACGAUUGAUGGACAAUAG